UAAACGCCGCCAUGUGGACCCCACACUCUGCAUUUAACCAACCCAGUUGUUCGUUUCUCAAUCGGAAUCAGACAAAAAAUGGAGCUCUCCCUCUCUUUCCUCUGCCUUCUGCUCCUUACCAUCUUCUCUCUCAUCUUCGUUAAGAAGGUUAAAGCUCGGAGAUGGAAUCUCCCUCCUUCCCCUCCCAAGCUUCCGAUCGUCGGAAACUUGCAUCAGCUCGGAGAAACAGGGAUUCUUCACAGAUCUCUUGCCUUGCUCUCCAGUAAAUACGGCCCCCUCAUGCUUCUCCGUCUAGGGUUUGCACAACUGGUCGUGAUCUCAUCGAGCGAAGCAGCUGAACAAGUGCUUAGAACCCAUGACCUGGAGUGUUGCUCAAGACCCAAGCUUUUCGGUACAAGGAAAUUAUCACACGGUUACCGAGACAUCGCCUUCACGCCCUACGGCGAGGAAUGGAGAGAGAGGCGAAAACUGGCGGUUCGUGAGAUUUUCAGCGUGAAAAAGGUGCAGUCUUUGGGAUACAUCCGAGAGGAAGAGUGUAACUUGCUGGUCAAGCAACUCUCUGAAUCAGCUUCGAAGCAAUCUCCAGUGAAUUUGAGCAAAACCCUAUUCUGGCUCACGGCCAGCAUCAUUUUUAGACUUGUGUUGGGACAGAAUUUCCAUGAGAGCAAGUUCAUGGACAAGGACAGGAUCGAAGAACUCGUGUUUGAGGCCGAGAGCGUUCAGGGUAGUUUCACUUGCUCGGAUUUCUUCCCCGGAAGCGUAGGUUGGUUCAUCGACUGGAUCACCGGACAGCACAAGAGACUGGACAAGGUUUUCACGGAAAUGGACGGCUUCUUCCAGAAAGUGAUAGACGAGCAUUUGAAGCCUGGAAGGACAACACAGAAAGAUCACCAAGAUAUCAUUGAUGUGAUGUUGUCUAUGAUUCAGAACCAAGGCCAAGAUGGCGCUCUGAAGCUCAGUACAGAACAUAUCAAAGCGUUUCUUGCGAAUGUGUUUCUCGCGGGAAUAGACACGAGCGCUAUCACCAUAAUAUGGGCGAUGACAGAGCUGGCGAGAAACCCUAAGCUGAUGAAGAAAGUACAAGACGAGAUCCGAGGUUGUCUUGGAGAAAAGGAAAGGAUCACAGAAGAAGAUCUGGGCAAGGUUCAGUACUUGAACCUCGUAAUGAAAGAAACGUUCAGGUUACACCCUGCAGCUCCUCUCCUACUUCCGCGAGAAACAAUGUCUCACAUCAAGAUCCAAGGUUACGAUAUUCCACCAAAGACGCGGCUCCAGAUCAACGCUUGGGCCAUCGGACGAGAUCCGAGAAACUGGACAAACCCAGAUGAGUUCAUCCCCGAGAGGUUCUUGGAUCACCACGUGGAUUACAGGGGACAGCAUUUCGAGCUGUUACCGUUUGGAUCCGGUCGGAGGAUCUGUGUUGAAGAGGCCGGCACUCUCACCAUUGUCAAGAAGCUGCCUCUCGAGCUUGUUCCCGUUCUUCACCAUUGAUGGAUCCACCCACUGCUUACAAGUUGGAGGAUUUCCCUUUUAUGUUAUAAUUUGAAUAAUUCCACGGGUCAUUUUACUCUAAUGACCGAGUUGAGUCACACGAAUUUCUGAGUUAUACCGUCAAAAACAUAACCUAUUAAUUUUUUUUUUUGAAAAGACUAUAUUACCUUAAUGAAUCCGUGUAAUUUGUUCGCUCGAAAACAAUUUUGUUAUUACUUC